AUGGUUGCGCAAGCAGAAUCGUCCAGAUCGAGCGUCAAUGAGCGUCUCGCUCGUGCGCGACAAGAAGAUCUUCGACGAUGUCGGAACUUGCAGGCCAAGCUAAGACGGGCGCAGAUGGACGACGUUCACGAUCCUGCUCUCGGCUAUGAAACGACGACUACAACCUUGAAGCAGCGUUUCACGCCUGUGAAUGCAGUGGCGACUUGUUCGCGAACAGGACUCAUGUUUCUCUCUUCCACCGAACAGGCGCAGAGGGAACGCGAUCAGCGGUCGAGGGAAAGACAGUUGAAGCGCCAAGUGGCGGGACCUAUACCGCCCGAAUCUUGGCGAGACGAUUUUGACCGGCUCAGCAUUCGGAAAGGGGUUGCGAACCAUCUCGAUCGGAAGCAAGUGCACGACCUCGUCUCGGCUACGUCUGCUGCCGCUCGCAAAGACAGGGAGGCUGACAAACACAGUUCUCAAGCCGCGUUGGAUCCAGAUCGUCGACGACGUAUACGGGCAAGUCAAGCAGCCAUAUGUUCUGGUGUUCGCUUUUUCUACGACCCGAAAGAACACGAGGGUGAAAGAAGGACGGUGCUUGGUUUGCGCGAUAUGACACUGUGCGUGAUAGCUGAUGCUCUUAAUUGUCCGUCCAGGAACAAAGGUCAAGAUCACAGCACGAUGCCGGAAAUGAAUCCAAUGCAGUUGCGAGAAGUGCUGGAUUAUCUGCCAAGACACAUGCAAGAGCGUAUGAUGGCCUUGUGCGGGCGUCUGGCUGCUACAGAUUGGCCUUUGAGCGAGUGGACUGCUCAGAUUCAGGUUGAUCUUGACAAACAAGUCCAUUCGGAUGUGAACCACUCGCAAGUCGACCGCAUCCCAGAAGAAGCACAAGAUGACUGGGAGACGAGCUCCAACUCGCCGAGCACGCACUCUUCCACCUUGCCCACUAUCCCAAUCGACCAAAGCAACACCUCUCUCGACCUCUCCUUCUCCACCAUCACCACCCGCACCCUCAACCGCCUCCUUUCGACCCUUCACCAUCCACAUUCUCUCCGAAUGCUCAGCCUAGCCGGCACGUCAUCACUGGAUACCCCUCCAAUGCAUGCCAUCUUUGCACAACUUUCCAACCUUGAAAUCCUCAGCCUUGCAGGUUCGCGACUGUCGCCUUGGGCUACUGAAGAAGAUCAUCAACGGGCAGGUGUGUUCUUGCGCAAACUUAGUCGAAGUUUAGUCAAGCUGGAGACGCUGGAUUUGAGUCAUUGUGGGUGGGUGAGCGCGGACGCGAUACAGGCGGUUUCGUGGGCAACUAGGGUGACGGUUGCUUGGCCGAGAAUGAUGCAUUUAGUGCUGGUUGGGUGUCGGGCACUCGUCGAUCCGAGGAUGGGUGCGGACAAAGCGCCGUCGGAAUUUUCAGGCAAGGCAGCAGGAAGUUGGCUUGCGCAGUGGCAUGCAAGGCACUCGCAGCGAGAUGUAGUGCGUUCUACCAAUUCUGUUCACGAUGGACUGUAUGAUACCUACACCGAUAUCCAUCGUGAUCCGUUCGACCUCUUUGCCCCAUCCACACCGGCCACGAGCCAGCCGACACGUGCGACGUUUAGCGAUUACGUCAACAAUGAUAUUCAGCCUGCGAUCAUCAGCCACAUGACUUGGACGACCGACGACUGCAGCGGCAGCGGCAGUGGUGGUGGUGGUCUGCUGAUGGAAUUUGUCCGUUGUCCACGCUCCGCAGGCAAGAUCGAAAUGUGGCAGUGGCAGCGAGCCCGCAUCAUCGAAGCUGUCCGUGGUCGAAGUCAGCCACAUUCCCAACAGCGACAGUGGAUCGAAGUGUACUUCUGA